AUGACAACUUCAACAUUUCUAGCAAGUGAAAUAACAUCAAAUUAUUUAACAUUAGGUAACUGUUUAAAACAUUGCAGUAGAUGUUAUAAUGGGUCAAUUAAUGCAGCAGGUCUAUUUACAGGUGCAAUUGAUGAUUGGCAAAUUUAUAGUCGUGAACUUAACUCAACAAUAGUUUCUAUUAAUACUAAUGAAUGUGAACUUAUUUCUUUUGAUUCUUUUCAGCCGACAGAAUAUCUUUACAAAUGGUUUACGAUUCAUGUAACCAAAGAAAAAUUUUUAAAUGAACUUUCUUCAUCUCAUCCUUAUCGUAAAACUUAUCCAAUUGAAAAAUUUCCUUGUCGUGUUUAUUUAAUUGAUUAUGAAGGUAAUCAACGCAUUCGUGUAUGGUUAAAUGAACAAGAAGUACAAGUUAACAAAUGUUCAGAUUAUAUCUAUGAAAAAUAUGAUCCAGAUCAUAUGCAAUCAUGUUGGGUUUGUAAAUGGAUUGAUAUAGAUAAAAAUUGGCUAAUCAAUCCAUCAGAAGAAAUCGAUGAAAAAAUAAUUGAUAAACCUGAUUUUUAUCGAUUACAUGGUGAUCGAAAUAUAGGAUUUGGUGAUGGUGGUCAAGCAUUUCUUGUCUAUCCUGUAUGGAUUCAUGAAAAUUUACCAGUUAGUGAAUUACAUCGAAAACGACUUUUAAAUACAUUGUAUAAACUUAAUGAAGAACGAAAAGAUUUUCAUCCAUAUCCAUCACCUGUUGAAGAUAUCAUUGAUCCAGAUCUACUUCCUUUUCGACCAAUAUUAACAUUUGAUCGAAAUCAAUGGAUUGCACAACGAUUGAAACAAUUACAAACAUCGGAAUAUGAAUUAAGACAAUUUAAACGAUAUUUAGAUCAAAGAGCAUAUAAUGAUUUUUCUGAACAUGAAAAAUUACGAAAUACUUAUCAAUGGUUACCAUCAGAAUUUAUUAUUGAUAAAAAUGGAAAAGUUGAUAUUAAAACACCAAUUCAUCAUAUACCUGUUUUACCUGAAUAUCGAGAAACUUAUGGUGAUAUUGCACAUAUAUUUCAUGCUAUGUUACCUUUAUUUGAACAAUUAAAAUUAAUUAAAAUGCAUAAUAAUGAAGAACAACGAUUACAAGUUAUUGUUAAAGCUCAAAGUUAUAAUUUAAAAGCUGGUAUGAAAUAUUCAGGUCGAUGGCAUACAGAAGGUAAAACAGAAAAUAUUGUUGCUGCUGGAGUUUAUUAUUUACAUAUUGAUGAUCAACUUGAAGGUGGUACAUUAAAAUUUCGUCCAAAAUAUGGCCCACAAAAUUGGUAUGAAGGAGUUGAAAUUGAUCAUCGAAUAUCAUCUAUUCAAACUGGUACUGCUAUUGUUUUUUCUAAUUCAAUUCCACAUCGUUUUCAACAAAUUCGAAAUUUAACUUCUGAUGAUGGUCGUCGCCGAACAUUUUUGAAUUUUUUUAUUGUUGAUCCAGAACAACAAAUUCCUAUGAAAUCAAAUAAUGUUCUUCGUGCUCCAAAAGAUAUAAUUAUUGAAAUACUUCAUCAAUGGAAUAAUGGACGAUUACCUAAUGUUGUUUUAGAAAGUAUUUUAAAAUGGUUAAAAAUAUCAACCGCAUGGAACAAUGAAAAUGAAGCAAAAGAAUUUCGAACUUGUGUUCGACGUGCUAUGUUAGAUGAAAAAUCUGGUUGGGGUUGGAUAUGUUGGGGUAAUUGUGGAACAACAGAAUUUGUUCCAUCAUUAUGUACAUGGUCACCAAGAAGCAGAGAAGAAGCAAGAGAUGAAUUACAUCAUACAGAAUCGGACUGA